AGGAGAUAAGUUUAACGGCAACCAUAAUCAGAAACCAGUACCUCCUUGGCUGUGGCGAUGUGUACAAGUGUACGUGAGCGUCUCUCGUGAAAUGUUGACUCUACCAAUUUAAUACUGGCAGAAUAACGUGCAGUGACCGCACGUACAGUCUGAAACUGGGUCAGAACAGUUACUCUUUUCGCUUGUACCCGAAAUUGUAAACAGGCGUUUUUUUUUUUUUUAAUAAUCCAUUUUAUAAUUUGAUACAAUGACUACUAUCGGGCGGCUAUGGAGGCAGUAUGUACCGGCUAGGGUGAGCGAAUUGCUGGCGCUUGUGAGCGUGACUUCUACGUGUAUGCUGUUUCUGCACACGAACAGUCUCCAGUCCCAGCUGGCUGUUUACACAAACCACCUGGAUGAUGCUACUCAACAUCACUCAGCUGCUGGAUCCUACAGCAGGUACUGGGGUCGAGGGGACGGCGGCAGCAGCAGUGGAGUCGGCGUCAGCAGUGGGUCGACCGACGAAUCUCCAAGGCACAAACCGAAGUUCGGAGGAUUUAACCUAGACGAGUUCCGGAACAUUGACCCCAUGACUCUCAACAAUACCGUCAACCACAAGAAGUUGACCCUCGUCUUCAACCGGGUGCCCAAAGUGGGCAGCCAGAGUACCAUGGAGCUGCUGAGGGCGCUCAGCUACAAGAACGGCUUCACCUUCCACAAGGACCGGCCCCAGAAGGUCGAAAACAUCAAACUGAGCGUCCGAGAGCAGAAGCGUCUUGUGCAGCUAGUGGAUGUCUUCAGACCACCAUCCGUCUACGUCAAACAUGUCUGUUACAUCAAUUUUACGAUCUUCAACGCAUCCCAGCCCUUGUACGUGAACAUGGUACGUGAUCCCGUCGAACGAGUGAUAUCCUGGUAUUACUACGUCCGAGCCCCCUGGUAUUUCGUGGAGCGAAAGCAAGCAUUCCCCGAGUUGCCUCUCCCAUCGGCCAUGUGGCUCAGAAAGGACUACGAAACUUGCGUUCUGACAGGCGACCGAGAGUGUCAGUACAGGGAAGGCGACGAAAGACCCGAUUUUGCCCAGCUAACGGAAUUCUUCUGCGGUCAAGACAGAAACUGCACAGGCUUCAACACUGCCUACGCUCUUCAGAAGGCCAAGGAAAACGUUGAGAAAAAUUAUGCUGUGGUUGGUGUUCUGGAAGACCUCAACACCACUCUAACGGUUCUUGAGCACUAUGUUCCACGAUUUUUCAAAGGAGCAAAACAUUUAUAUUAUAAUGAGGUCCAACGCUUUUCCAAAGUGAAUCGUAAUAUCUACAAGCCACCUGUUUCUGAGAAGAUUAAGGACAUUGUUAGAAAGAACUUCACAAGAGAAAUAGAAUUUUACGAAUUUUGCAAACGAAGGCUUUACAUGCAGUAUGCAGCCCUUAAUUUACCCAUAGAAUAAGUGUACAGUAUACCUAGAAUUUAUUAGUUUUGUGUAUGUUACAAAAUGCUGUCUAUUGUUUUUGUGUAUAUAUAUAUAUGUAUUGUUGUGGUAAUACUGUACAGUAAGUGUCAAAACUGUUCAUGUUCUAGAUCCCCCCCCCUCUUUUUUUUUUAACUUUAAGUUAUUUUGGAUUUCAACUUCCAAAUUAAAGGUCCAUAAGCCUCAGAAACCUGAUAAAAUCUUAUUCUGAUGUGGCAGCAACUUUGCAUCAUAUUAGGAAUACAGUGGUACUGUCCUUAACAUAGAGAAAUUUUUUGGCAAGAAAAGUAUAUUUCAAGUUACCCAGAAUGGCCAAAGAAAAGUAUAUUUCAAGUUACCCAGAAUGGCAAAAGCAAAGUAUAUUUCAAGUUACCCAGAAUGGCCAAAGAAAAGUAUAUUUCAAGUUUCCCAGAAUGGCAAAAGAGCAGAUGCUUGACCAGCACAUUGUCUUACAUGCUGCAUGAAGCACAUUCAGUCACCCAAAUAUAUUAGUUUGAAAGUUAUUUAUUUACUAUUGGGUUUUGCAAAUAUAUAGAGUACGUAUAUUUAGGAACAUUUAUUACACUAUAUCUAUAUGCUUCAUAUCAGAAAGCUCAAUUGCCUCUGAAGAAUUUUAGAAAGAAUGCCAGAACAAAUUAUACUUGGACAUAUACAGUAGCUCAUACCAUUGAAUUUACCAAUGUAUAAAAUCUUUGGUAAAACAGAUUUGCCUUGUGUGGUAAUAUUGUACUUCUAAUGAUGUAUUAAUUCCUUGAAUGGUAAAGUUGUUGCCAUGUACAGUAAUCAAGGUCUUUAACAGACAAACAUAUCUUAAUUGAAAUUCAGUUCCAUUGAAUUUUAUGUUUUUAUGGUGUCACCGAAAAUGUUUUUCCUUUCAGAUCACCAGAUGGUGAUAAUGUUGAAAUAAGUAUCUGACCCUACCCUUUGAAUCUUUACAAUUGCACAUUUUUAUUGUCUUCCUAUCAUCUCCGAGUUCAUUAAUUUGCUGUGAUAAUAUCCUUUCAUAUUUCAGUUUACACAAUCCAUUUCAUCUUUUUUUGUGAAUACUCACUCUGCUAGAAUGUUCAUUGAAUUUUCAAAUGGUUAUUUAGCUACUCAUAUUUUAAACUCUAGUUAGCAACUAAGCAUCUGUGUUUUAGAAUAAAAUUUGGAAAGUGUUACAGGUUCCAUUAUGGAUAUUCAGAUUUACUCUGUGAUCUUGUAUUUCAUGUAGUACCUUAUUUAAUAUUCUUCAUAAAAAGUUUACUAGAGAUUUUUUGCCUUCAUACACUGAAAGACAUUCUUUACUAUGUACAAUGUUUUGAGAGUUAAAAGUUUUUAAUACAAUAAAUAGUAAUUAUUUAAAAGAAACCAACUUAUUGGUACAAUAUUUCAGAUUAUGAUAUUAACAGGGUUGCAACUGAAGUUUUUAAGUAGUUGCAAUUUUUUGUUUAUAAAUUCACAAUUAUUUAUCUAUUUACAAUUUGAAGACAGGGGACAGUGUAAUAGUAAUUCCUUUUAGACAUACACAUGCAGAAAAUAUUUAAAUGAAGUCACUUGGGGAUCAUGUUUUUGCUGUGUACCUUUGAACUAAAGAAAUUCUUCUAACUACCACACUAAUAUAAACAGGCACUUGUAGUAUUACAGUACUCUAUGUUAUACUCAUAGACUGGGAUAUGUUGUGUACGUAUGUCAUAUUUAUUUUCAUGAAGUUACUUAUAAACAUUUUUUUAUUCAUUGCUCACUUUAUCAUUCAUUUCAUCAUAAUCAUCGAAUAUUUUAAGUAUGAUUACUCUAAUAAAACCGCUUUCACUUCCUUUUCUUUUCCCUUUCCAAACAAGGAUGCAGGUUCAUCUCUUUGUUAACAUUUC